AUGCGAUGUCCGAUGCGCCACGCUUACCAGCGCUCGUCAUAUUUCCAAGACGACAACCUCACUGGAACAAUCCCUCCAGCCAUCAGCCUCCUCGCUUUCCUCCAAAUCCUAACCCUCCGCCGCCUCCCCAACCUCGUAGGCCCUAUCCCCAACUCCAUCGCCAAUCUCACCAACCUCACAGUACUCGACCUGAGCCAUAACUCGCUUUCAGGCCGAAUCCCCCUCUUCGUUACGAAACUCACUUCCCUCACUUACCUCGACCUCUCCUACAACCAAUUAUCAAGUCCUAUACCUGGAGACCUCCCAUAUCUCUCAAACCUCACGGCACUCCACCUCGAACAUAACUUACUUUACGGUAACAUCCCGAAUACUUUUGGGAGAUUCCCAAAAUCCUCGCCACCUGACCUCUAUCUCUGCCACAACGCGCUCAGCGGGCUCAUCUGGCCUUCGCUGGGCCAGCCAAACUGGGGAGUUAUUGACAUUUCACGCAACAGGCUGACUGGGGACGCGUCCAUCUUGUUCGGCUCACAGAAGAGGGCGACAAGGAUUGAUAUUUCAAGAAACCGGUUCGACUUCGACCUUAGCAACUUAAGCUUCCCGUUAAACUUGAGGGCGUUGGACUUCAGCCAUAACAUGAUCCAUGGGAGGAUUCCGGCGCAGAUCAACCAAGUUAGAGGGUUGGAGAGGUUUAACGCGAGUUAUAACCCGCUGUGCGGCGAGAUACCGGCUGGGGCUGGUAGCGUUACCGCUCGUUUUGGGCAGUACUCGUACGUGCAUCAUAUGUGUCUUUGUGGGGCGCCGCUAACGCCAUGCAACUGA